AGUAAAAUUAUUUUUGUACAUUACACAGAAAGCUUUCUGUCUCUUGAAAGUGUAUUAACACGAGGGAAAAUGGAUCUGCUUCAAGGCUUCACAUGACUAGUACAUUUUUAUAAAACAAAUUGGAUAGAAUGUUUCCUGUUACAGACAAAUAUAUUGGAAUAUUUCAAAUUAAACUUGCUUGACUGUUUCACAUUACUAGUCAAACGUAUUGAAUAGUUCAAGUUAAAUUCUGUAAUAAAAUGAAGCGUUUGAACCAGAGUAGCGUAGAUUCUUAUCCACUGGAACGAUCAAUUGCAUAUUAAAUAUUGGAAACAAUCCAAGGGAGCCGUAUAGUUAAGUUGCACUAAAUUCUUCUUUGAAAUUAUUCCAUAUUGUUUUACAUUUGACAGCUUUUACUCAAGAUGCGGAUUUUAGAUUUGUAGUCAGGAUACUGUAACUAACUACGGAUUUAGAUAUACAGUGACAUUUUGUAUAAAUGAACUAUGAGGACAGAGGUUUCGUCUUUCUUCCUUGUUCUGCUCAACAUCGAACGUUUACUUUUGACAGUUGGUGCAAUACAUGUACAGGUUGCGAAUCUAAAGGAGGCUGGCGAAAGGUCUCAGUACCUAACUAAAAAUAAGUCUGAAAGACAGAGAACCAUUGAUGAUCUUCUGAAAGGGUACGAUCCACGUAUACCACCAAAUUAUGAAGACGAUUUUCCAGUAGAGGUCUAUGUACAGCUCCACAUCACAAAUAUCGACAGUAUCAGUGAAUCGGAUAUGGAUUAUUCUGUCGGGAUGUUUCUUCGACAAACAUGGAACGAUAGUAGACUGACGUAUACACCAAUUCCUAGACUUCGAUCGUUAGAACUGGAUUCAAGACUGAUGGACCAAAUAUGGAUACCAGAUCUAUUUAUAGCCAAUGAAAAGCAAGCUCAUUUCCAUUCGGUUACAGUACCAAAUAAAUUGAUGCAUAUCUAUCCAGAGGGACGUAUUCAAUACAGUAUAAGAAUAACAGCAACGUUGAAAUGUAACAUGGACUUACGAAAAUAUCCUCUAGAUUACCAAAGGUGCUACAUUAUGAUGGAAAGUUACGCCUAUAGUACAGAGAAUCUCAAUUUCAUCUGGAAUUCAGAGCCUGUAACUGUAGAUCCGCGACUUAUGCUAGCACAAUUUGAUCUAGGGAAGAUGGUCACUGUACGUUGCGAUAAGCAAUACCUUGGAGUUAAUUACACGUGUAUCAUGCUUGAGUUCGACAUGACAAGGAGUUUUGGCUACUAUUUAACCCAAGUAUACAUUCCAAGUAUUUUAAUUGUUAUACUGUCAUGGGUAUCCUUCUGGCUGGACGUGGAUGCAGUUCCUGCACGAAUUUCUCUUGGGUUGCUUACCGUACUCACCAUGACAACUCAAAGCUCAGGUGCUCGCUCAUCAUUACCUAAAGUGUCGUAUGUCAAAGCAAUCGACGUUUGGCUAGCAGCAUGUUUGAUAUUUGUGUUUGCUGCAUUGAUCGAGUUUGCAUAUGUCAACGUAUUUUCACGCGUAGAGAAACGACGAAAAAGUAACGGACUUGACGGCACACUAUCUCAGCCAGGCAAUGGUCAAAAUGGCAAUAAUUUACAGGUUGUACAUGAGAGAAAAAAGUCAAGAUUCAACAUGUUUGCUCCUAGUCGGGAGAAAGCUCGAACAUUCGACCGAAUUUCAAGAAUCGCUUUUCCGACAGUAUUUUUGGUAUUUAAUCUAAUAUACUGGAGUGUAUACAUAUUUUGGUCUCCGGAUGUUUCUAGUAUAACAUGAUCCAGGACUGCAAAAAAUUUAGAUAUCGUGGGAUAAUUUUUCUAAGACGUAUCCAUUGUCAUAUUAUUCCUAUAUGACACCAUGCUCAAUGUACCCAUAGUCCUGGCUUUCUUUAAUUAUUUUGAAUAAUUACUCGUUGAAAUGUUUUUAUGUUAAUAAAAAAACAACCUUUUAUGUCAAUCUCUGAACUAUAUUUCUUUAAUCUAAUAAGUACGUAAUAAAUUUCUUUUACGUAUAUAAAA